ACAUUAUCUAAAUCACACAAAUUUACAACAUCCUUCUAGCCAUUCUUACUUCAGUUUUUUUCCCCUCAACUUUACCAAUGGCUUCCAAUUUUCAAUGUUUUCUCAAAAUCUUUCUUCUCAUCUCUGUUUUUCAUCUUUCUUUAGCUGCUAGGAAUCUGAAUGAGCUUGUUCAGGACCAGUCUCAGCUUCUUCACUACCACAACGGUCCUUUACUCUAUGGUAAAAUCUCUGUCAAUCUCAUUUGGUAUGGCCACUUCAAACCAUCCCAAAAGGCCAUUAUCACUGAUUUCUUCACCUCAAUUUCUUCUCCAUCUUCACAACCCAACCAACCUUCCGUUUCCGGAUGGUGGAAAACCACUGAAAAAUACUAUCAUCUCACCUCAAACAAGAAAGCUUCACAGCUUUCUCUUUCUCUAAGUAAGCAAAUUCUCGACGAGAAUUACUCACUUGGAAAAUCACUCACAAGCAAAAACCUUAUCGAGUUAGCUUCUAAAGGAGACAACAAAGACUCCAUUAACGUUGUUCUAACAUCCGCUGACGUGGCUGUGGAACGCUUCUGUAUGGACCGAUGUGGGACUCACGGUUCUUCUUAUUCUUCUUCUGUUCCUAUUAAGGGUAAGAGUUACAAAUUCGCUUACAUUUGGGUUGGUAAUUCCGAAACACAAUGUCCAGGUCAAUGCGCGUGGCCAUUUCACCAACCUAUCUACGGGCCUCAAAGCCCACCUUUGGUUUCCCCAAACAACGACGUGGGCCUUGACGGAAUGGUGAUCAAUUUGGCUAGUCUUUUGGCUGGAACUGCAACAAACCCUUUCGGAAAUGGGUACUUUCAGGGUCCCUCUGAGGCUCCUCUUGAAGCUGCUUCUGCUUGUCCCGGUGUUUAUGGUAAAGGUGCAUACCCUGGUUAUGCUGGUGAUUUGCUUGUUGAUUCGACUACUGGUGCUAGCUACAACGCAAAUGGUGAUAAUGGAAGGAAGUAUCUUCUUCCUGCUUUGUAUGAUCCUUCUACAUCUUCUUGCUCAACUCUUGUGUGAGGGAAGGAUUUAGCUUAGUUACUCUGCCACUACUGCUACUAUGUUAGGAACAAGUUAUUAAGUAGAAAGUUGAUGUACAAAUAAUCAAUUAUGUAGGAUUAAUUCAUUUAUUUUUUUAUAGUAUCUUUUAAUUUUGAGGAUUUUGUAAUGAUGAACAAGCAAAUGUACUAUGGUUUGCUGUUUAAAUAUAUUGAUCUUUUUAGCA